GAGCCAAAGUCGACUACCGUCCAGAUACGGGCGAGGAAUUCCCUAGGACGACCCUGUGCGACGAACCCUUACGCUUGGCGAUAAGGAACAAGCACAUGGACAUCGCCAGGCUCCUGUUAGAACACGGAGCCGACCCUAACAAACGGUACUUUUUCGGGUCAGAAAUAAAUUUAAUCAACGACCUGCAAUACCUAGAACUUCUAUUGACUUUCGGUGCCAACCCUGACAGUCGGGACAGGGCCGGACUUACGCCUUUAAUGAAAGCAGCGAGACAACCGCAGGGAAUGGAAUCANACGCAGUUGAAAACAGCGAAGACGGCGCCGACUUCACGGUCGACAUGCGACCAGAAGGUGGAUUCUCCUGGGACCCCUAUGUCAAAAACUACCUCCUGGGAAUUAGGAAAUACAUCCUCAAAGACGACUUAAGUUCCCUCCCUCAAGCUAAAGCCAAACUCAGCAGAUUGUACUGGGCAGGAAAAAUACUACAGGCCGUUUCCAUGUAUUUUGUCCUGAGAUUGGCACUAUGGUAGUACAUUAUUUGUCAGUAUUCUUUCUCAUUAAAAAAGACAACAUUAAUUCGACUUCCUCAUACGUCCUUACUAUUAUUUUUUUAAUUUAUCACUCUUAUUAGGGAUCGCAUUUGCAUUUUUUUUAUUAUUCUUGUAUAUACAUGUAUGUAUUAUGUCCUUUUUUUCGUUGUGUAACUGUACUUCACAAAACAAAUUUAAUAAUAAAAUAAAUACUACUGCUUAUAUCAAA